GCGUGCAUCCGCCGUUCUACUGCGCGCUCACGACUUCGGUUCACUCACUCACUGCAUGAUGGCCGAGGGAGGCGGACCCGAGUCGGGUAGCGCGGCAGACCCGGAGCCGGUAGCCACUCAAACACCUACACCUUCAACAGAAAGUCAAAAGCAAAGUAUUGGAACACUUCUCAAAACAACUCUACGAAAGGGCGACGAGUGGUUUCUCAUUGAUAGCAGGUGGUUCAAGCAGUGGAAGAAGUAUGUGGGAUUUGACAGCUGGGAUAUGUAUAAUGUUGGAGAACACAGUCUAUAUCCAGGCCCGGUUGACAACUCUGGCCUGUUGUCAGACCCUGAGACUCAGACCCUGAAGGAGCACCUUAUAGAUGAGUUGGACUAUGUGCUUGUGCCCACUGAGGUGUGGAACAAGCUUGUCAGCUGGUAUGGAUGCCUUGAAGGCCAGCAGCCCAUUGUCAGAAAGGUGGUGGAACACGGCAUGUUUGUCAAGCACUGUAAAGUCGAGGUCUAUCUGUUGGAGCUCAACUUGUGUGAAAACGAUAACAUGGACAAUGUAGUGACUCGUCACUUCAGUAAAGCUGAUACUAUAGACACCAUAGAAAAGGAGAUGCGGUCGCUAUUUGAGAUCCCAAGUUGUAAGGAGACACGACUAUGGAACAAGUACAUGAGCAACACCUAUGAACAGUUGAACAAGCCAGACAGCACCGUGCAGGAUGCUGGUCUCUUCCAGGGCCAGGUGCUUGUGAUUGAACGCAAGAACGAGGACGGCACGUGGCCCAGACAAGCCUCCCAUCCAAAGUCCAGUACUGCCACAUCUAGAAAUUUUACUACCUCCCCAAAGCUCUCUUCCAACUCGUCAGCAACCAUCUCCUCAACAGUAACCAAUGGGGACAGCAGCAGCAACUCUAGCUAUACACUGAACAACAGCACCUCCCCUGGAAAUAGGUUGGGAGGUUACAGUUCAUACAGCUCCUCAUACAACUACAGAGAACCACCCUCUCAGCCUGGCCUCUGUGGUCUCAGUAACCUAGGCAACACCUGCUUCAUGAACUCUGCUCUCCAGUGCCUGAGCAACGCCUCCCCUCUCACUGAGUACUUCCUGGAUGACCGGUAUGAGGCGGAGAUCAAUCGGGAGAAUCCAUUAGGAAUGAGGGGGGAGAUUGCAGAGGCUUAUGCAGACCUGGUUAAGCAAAUGUGGCUCAGCCGGAGCAGCUACGUAGCCCCACGCACCUUCAAAACCCAAGUAGGCCGUUUUGCCCCCCAGUUUUCUGGGUACCAGCAGCAGGACUCCCAGGAGCUGCUGGCCUUUCUGUUAGAUGGGCUCCAUGAAGACCUGAACCGCGUCAAAAAGAAGCCUUACCUGGCCCUGCAGGAUGCAGCGGGCCGGCCCGAUGAGAUUGUAGCUAAGGAAGCCUGGACUAACCAUCGCCUGCGCAAUGACUCCAUCAUCGUGGACAUAUUCCAUGGCCUGUUCAAAUCCACUCUGGUGUGUCCUGAGUGUGCUAAAGUCUCUGUGACCUUUGACCCAUUCUGCUACCUCACACUUCCCCUGCCCAUGAAGAAGGACCGCACCAUGGAGGUGUUCUUGGUCCGCAUGGACCCGCAGUCCAGACCCACACAGUACCGAGUGGUGGUCCCCAAGCUUGGCAUGGUGACAGACCUGUGCAGCGCCUUGUCCCGACUCUCUGGAAUCUCAGCUGAGAAUAUGGUGGUAGCUGAUGUUUACAAUCACCGGUUCCACAAGAUCUACAGACGAGACGACGGCCUCAACCAAAUCAUGGAAAAAGAUGACAUCUUUGUGUAUGAGGUGGCUGAGGAAGACGGCGAGAAGAUGAACCUGCCGGUGUACUUCAGGGAGCGCCACUCCAAACACACUGGCGGGACCACGGGCACCAUGCUGUUUGGCCAGCCCCUCCUCAUCACUGUGCCCCGGCAGAACCUGGCCGCUGACACGCUCUACGAGAAGGUUCUGGAGAGGAUCGGGCGCUACGUGAAGCGCUCUCAGAUCUCCGCCAGCGAGGGGAGGGCCUCCGUCUCCACCGCCAGCUGCAGCCAGGCGGCCGAGUGCUCGGCGUCCUCCAAUCACAGCGCGGCAGCGACCAGUGGGAGCUGCAGCCCCCUGUCAGAAGGGGCUUCCUGCAGCACCACUAAUGGCAACAGCAGCACCUCCGGGACCUCCAGCAGGCCCAAUGGGAAUGGGCUGUGUGAGGGUGAUGAGGAGGCCAUGGAUCACCAGGUGAGCCCAGAGGCAGAGAACAGCCAGUCAGAUGAGGGGGAAGGAGGGGAGGAGGAUCCCUCGGACCUGGAGAACGGCCCUAAAACCAAACAGUGCUGCAGCACCCCGCCCAAGCUCUUCUCCUUCAGCAUGGUCAACUCGUACGGAACAGCCAACAUCAGCCCGCUGCCGUGCGACGGAAACAUCCUCAAACUCAAUACACAUUCCACAGUGGCAAUCGACUGGGACUCGGACACAAAGAAACUAUGUUACGACGAUCAAGAAGCAGAGGCCUAUGAGAAGCACGAGAGCAUGCUCCAGGCCCAGAAGAAGAAGGCCACAGUGGCUCUGAGGGAAUGCAUAGAUCUCUUCACCACCAUGGAGACGCUAGGAGAGCAUGACCCAUGGUAUUGCCCCAACUGUAAGAAGCACCAACGGGCUACCAAGAAGUUUGACUUGUGGUCCUUGCCUCGCAUCCUGGUGGUCCACCUGAAGCGUUUCUCCUAUAACCGCUGCUGGAGGGACAAGCUAGACACAGUGGUGGACUUCCCUGUCAGGGACCUGAACAUGUCGGAGUUUGUGUGUGACCCCAAGGCUUGCCCCUAUGUUUAUGACCUCAUCGCUGUCUCCAACCACUACGGGGGAAUGGGAGGAGGCCACUACACCGCCUAUGGCAAGAACAAGGCUGACGGGAAGUGGCAUUAUUUUGAUGACAACAGUGUCUCUGCUGCCUCAGAGGAUCAGAUUGUGACAAAAGCAGCCUACGUGUUAUUUUACCAACGCAGAGACGCAGGCGACGUCCCCGCCAAGCCUCCACCCUCCGCCUCUCUAGGGGGCGCCACUGCUGAUGUGGCCGAUGAUCACAUGGACAUCAACUGAGCGGGACUGAGGCUCAUAGACUCGCACUGAAGCGAAGGAAGACCAGAGAGACUUUGACGCACACCAAGCUACUUCAGUGGCAUAACACUUUUCAGAGUCAAUAUUAACUCCCCACACCCCAAAACCCCCUGUGUUUUAUUUUGCUAAAACAUCAUUACCAAGAGCCAAAAGCCUUGUUAGAUGUGUGACCCAAGAGACUUCAUCCCCGGAUCUGUUGGCCUGCUGAUGUGUGAAACCUAGUUUACUAGUUUGAGAAAAAAAAAAAUAAGAGGAAUAUAAAAAGACAGAGAAUCCUCUCACUGGACAAACAGAAUGUUAGAAGUGCCCUAAAAUGCAUAGGAAUCGCAAACUUUUCUGUUACCCACUAGAAAAGUCACAAAUAAAAAAAAAAGCCAAAUGCACAUCUUGUUUCUACCAAAGCGUUCCAAGUUGAACAUCGUAAAGAAAUGUGCAUGGAAAAGCCCUGGGAAGAGAAACAUCCUUGAGUGGUCUCAGUUGGAUCUGUAAUAACUCUCCAGUGCAGAGGUGGGUUUAUGCAACGUUUAUUUUACAUUGAGAUGUGAACACAAUUCAGCACAUGAUACCGAGGGAUCAUGUGACAUUUGGCCUCCUGUGAUGGAUAGAUCUUGCUACAAACACACACACACACACACACACACACAUGCGCACACACACGCACUCCUUCAUUUUAGCUUGCCUCGGUUUUGGCCUGCAAGGCCUUUGUCCACAGUAGGUGGUGUUUACUGGGACUUGACGUAAGGUGUGGCAGAGGCUAUU